AUGGAGGUGGAGAUGGAAUGCGCUGCUCGUAGCACCAAGAGGUCGAAAGUGGCACCGCCGGCGACGCCGCCUUCUGGGGGUGUGCUGGUCGUCGGAGGGGAUGGAAGCGGCGACCGUGCUCCCUCUCGAUCCGAGGAAGAAGAAGAGGGAUGUCGUGCGGAUCGCAUCAGCGAUCUCCCCGACGCCGUCCUAGGUGAGAUCAUCUCUCGUCUCCCCAUCAGGGAGGGCAUCCGUACUCGAAUCCUCGCACAUCGCUGGCAUCCUUUAUGGCCCAUCGCUCCUCUGAAUCUCGACUGCCGCGAGAUUUCCGUCGGUGGUCUUUUUAACGAUGGAGAAAUAGUUCAUAUUGAGACCACGUCUAGGGUGUCCGUCUUCACCGAUGAGCGCGUCCGUAAAUGCUAUUUCGGAACUCAGCGCUCUCGAAAAUCUUUCGCUGAUGUUGCCAGUCUUCCGGAAUGCAUCAUGUCCGCCCACCAGUGCUCGGUUAGCCGCCUCUCUAUCCCGGUGUGCUACCUACAGUGCAGGCCCUCCAUCGUUGAUGCCUGGCUCCAAUCCUGGAAGCUGAACAAUCUCCAGGUUCUUGAGUUCUACUAUAUGUUCCCAGAAUUCGUGAUGCAAGAGGUCACACCACUGCAUGUAUGGACUUCAUCUAGGCCCUCAGCACCGGAGUCCGUGUUUCGGUUUUCCUCCUCUUUGCACACCCUCGCCUUUGCUCUUUGCCAAAUACCAGACAAUUAUGUAGGGACGCUUAAGCUAUCAUUGGUGAAAAGACUGUCGCUUGUGGAAGUUGAUAUAUCAGACGUCUCGCUGCAAAGCAUGAUCCACUCUAGUUGCCCUGCACUCGAGUCCCUGCUGCUUGUUUGCAGUAGAGGAGUUGGUCGCAUCACAAUUGAGUCUCGUAACCUAGUUGGCGACUCGUUGAUAACCGUUGUCUCUGUACCUAAACUAGAGACGCUAGGGUGA